AUCGCCUUGGCUUUAUUGUCUCAUUUUUAGUCCUUGAUUUGACCUAUUUACACUUGUGAAAAAAUUGUCUGAAGUUAGGAAAUUUCGUGUAAAACAAUGUGUGUCAGCAGCUGACGCUGAGUUAAUGUGUGAGUUUGAGUGAACUCAUCGUAAGAUGCACACACACACACACACACACUCACGCCAACACACCGACUAGCUCUAGCUUUGCUACUCUGGCCUCGUCUUGACGCCUGAGACCUCGUUUUCUCGCCAUUCUCGGCUUGUUGUUUAUAGAAGAGCUGCUGUUUUAUGAUCCGCACCUACGAAAAUGGAUGCAAGCAUUAUAAACCGACGCUUAGACUUGUAUGUUCAAUCUUAUCGCUGACCAUCUCAUUAUGCGAGUUCACCCUAGCAAUCUACGAGUACUCAUUUUCUAGAGGUGGAAAUAUCAUAGCAGCGAUAUUUGCAUGUGUAUUUUCGUUCCACGGGUGCAUUACUUUUUUGUACUUUAUUGGAGUGCUCAGGCGAAAUCCUUGCUUUCAAGUGCCAUUCCUUACUUUACAGCUUAUAUUCAUGACAUCACUUGGUUUACUGGUUGUAGUGUGGUGGAUAGCAACAUUACUUGCUGCUUUCGACUUAGUGCAUUAUAGGAGUCCAAUAGAAAAUUUAACGAACUGCGAAUUCUUUAUGGCUGCUGGGGGCGUGUUGCUGGUGCUCUUUAUACUAUGGAUGAAGAUCUCGCUUGUUCUCUAUCGAGGUUACGUCCGGACAGAACGCGAGGCUCAUUACAGGAGAAGGUUAUCGUGUGGACUGCAGUUGUCUAGAAGCUCCGGAUUCCGUUCCCCGAGGCAAGUGCUUUACAACCUCGUCUUCAUUAUUGUGCUGAGGUCAAAAGAAGGAUUCGUACAUUCGUGCAUUGCUACUAGAUCACCGGAGCGAGGACUUGGAGGAGGAAGACCAGGAGCAGUAGUACCGCCAUCGGCAACAACACGGGCGACAACGACUACAUCGAUUACAACUGCAUCUCCCAGAGCUUUCAAUAAGUUUUUACAAUUUCUGACAGUGAGGCUAAACCAAGCAACGAAACCUUACCCCCAAUGUUGUGCUCAAGACUGUCCCUCUAUCUACGAUGAUAAUUGCAAUGGACUCAUGUUGCUUAUGCCCUGUAGUAAUGGUCAAUCAGUUAUGGCUGCUGUGAAUCAAGUGGGCGACAUGCAACUAUGCCAGCAAACAGCAAACUGCAUGAUAGACACACUUCUUUACUACUACACCGCUCAGUUAAUGCCAGGAAUGCAGGUCGGCCCAGACGGUCAAGUCUUAUGUAGUGGAAGUGGAUGGUUCGUCAGGAUAAACAAUAACGAUAUACCAAUAAUCGGAGCGUCAUGUGCAUCUGAUGCGGGAAAUCCUCCAUGAGAUAUCUAGAAUUGUAGAUUACCAGAUGUUUUUUGCCUGAUAAGCGGCUCACAUUAUUGAUAAAAUGUCAAUGUUUUCCAUUGUCAUAGAUGAAGUUGCUUUAUUGUACCGAGUAAAUUGGAUAUUGACGUCCGACGUUAAG